AUGGCGGUCUCGCAUUACGCUUAUCUCAAGCUCAAAAUGCCAGGGCCCAGCGGCGUGAUCACCGUUUCAGGAAAUUUCACGCGAUCAGACCUCUGCGACAAAGAAUUCCACACAAUUUCUGAGUCCUUCAGCAUGCAUGAAGAAUUUGAGCAGCAAAAAGCCUCAACUGGCUUAGAGCAAACACCAAUCUCUAAGAAGCCGGCUCAUCAGCCCAAGUUCAACAAGAAAGUGGACACCAAGGAGGUCCAGGUCCAUCCGACCGACUCUAGCAAGACCGCUGUCAUAUCUACAAGCCUUCCUCCGGCACAGGAGAACGCGCUCGUCGAGUUCCUCCAUGAGCGCUGGGAAAUCUUUCCCUGGUGCCAGCAGACAUGCCAGGAAUUCCCAGGGAAUUAG